GAAAAGAAACCAAAACCAGGAGAAAGAAAAUCACCGAUGCAUCUUCCUGAGACCGGAAGAAAACCCAGAAAUUCACUCUUUUUCCUCCUUUCUCUCUCUAGAAUUCUCCCCCCCACCCUCCGCUCCCCUCAAUUUCUCUCCGGCAGGCAAUCCAUUGAUCUUUUCCUACUCUUUGUGCCGAUACUUUCGUCAUCCGAUUUCAUUUUCUUCCCUAAGUCGCAGAGUUGAAAUUCCCGUCUUCUUCUGCUUCUGGUAUUCUCCUGACGGCGUAAAGCUCGAUUCUUUUCUAUACAUUCACUGUUGGAUUAUCGAUGGUCCGAUGGAUCUGUUUAGGGUUUCGAGUGCUCUGGCUUGGGUUUGAUUGGAUGAGAAAAGGGGGCAUGGGACUUGAAUCUAUCGGUCGGUUCCGUUGAUUAUCGGAAAGCCCAGAUUUCUGGGUUUCAAGGUGCAAUUCGAUUGGUGAUCGAUCGUUCCCUUUCUUCGAUUCUGUUAUGCGUCGGUGAUUCGUCGUGAUUUGUGUGGAUGAGAGUGUUUAGCGUGGUCAAUUGAGGUCUUGUUGCUUAGGUUGUCUCGUUUGGAUCAAUGGAUGAUGUCGGUUCCAGCGAUGGAGGUGUGUCUCGAGCUCGUGAAAUGUGUUCUCAAGGAGCACCGACGCCAUGGGAGCCGAUGCAACUGGAUUUCAGGCGUUAUGUUUCGCCGAGAGAGUCCAUGAGCUUGCCUAAGCCAUUGCGUGUCGCUGUUAAGAAGUCUUUAGUGGUAAAACUUACGAGGGACAUAGUCGAGACGUAUAAAAUAUGCAACCCACAGUUCAAAUAUUCGGGAGAAUCCAAUCCCAAACGGUACUUGACUAGCCCGUCAGUUGGUGUGCUCAAUGAUGGUUUUGAUAAUUCAAACUCAGAUUUAAUCCUGGGUGUGAAUGAUGUCUUGGCCAGUUCAGAUUCACAGCAGAGAUACAUUGUCAAAGAUCUUCUUGGGCAUGGUACUUUUGGGCAGGUUGCGAAAUGUUGGGUUCCUGCAACAAACAGCUAUGUCGCCGUGAAAAUAAUUAAAAACCAGCCUGCAUACUAUCAGCAGGCUCUGGUUGAAGUAUCUAUUUUGACAACGUUAAACAAGAAAUAUGAUCCAGAGGAUAACAAUCAUAUUGUUCGCAUAUAUGAUUACUUUUUACAUCAGCGUCAUUUGUGCAUAUGCUUUGAACUUCUUGACAUGAAUCUGUAUGAGCUUAUAAAGAUAAAUCAAUUCAGAGGAUUAUCAUUAAGCAUUGUCCAGCUCUUCUCUAAGCAGAUUUUACGUGGGUUGGCUCUCCUGAAAGAUGCUGGCAUAAUCCAUUGUGAUCUGAAGCCUGAGAAUAUUCUUCUAUGCACCAGUGUGAAGCCUGCUGGAAUCAAGAUAAUUGACUUUGGAUCAGCAUGCAUGGAAGAUAGGACUGUUUAUUCUUAUAUUCAGAGUCGUUACUACCGAUCACCUGAGGUUUUACUUGGAUACCAAUAUGCUACAGCCAUUGACAUGUGGUCUUUUGGCUGCAUUGUUGCUGAGCUGUUCCUUGGAUUGCCUUUAUUCCCUGGUGCUUCAGAAUUUGAUCUUUUGAGCCGAAUGAUUGAAAUACUUGGUGAACAACCACCUGAUUAUGUGCUCAAGGAUGCAAAAAAUAUGAAUAAGUUUUUUAAAUGUGUUGGGAGUGUUCACAAUCUAGCGAAUGGUGAAAUUUCCGGGGGCAUCAAAAGUGCUUAUAUGGCAUUGACUGAAGAAGAGUUUGAAACUAGAGAGAAGAAAAAACCAGCAAUUGGGAAAGAUUACUUCAACCAUAAAAACCUUGAAGCAAUUGUUAAAAGUUAUCCUUACAGAAAAAACUUGCUUGAAGAAGAUAUCGUUAAAGAAACUCAAGUCCGGUUAGCUUUGAUUGAUUUUCUGAGAGGACUUGUUGAAUUUGAUCCUGCAAAACGUUGGUCACCUUUUCAGGCGUCAAAACACCCUUUUGUCACCGGAGAACCUUUUACAUGCCCGUACAAACCUCCACCAGAGACACCUCGUGUGCAUGUUGCUCAAAAUAUCAGAGUGGACCAUCAUCCAGGCGGGGGACACUGGUUUGCUGCUGGUCUCUCUCCUCAUGUUUCAGGAAUACCCAGAGUCUCCAUGCAUAAUAGUCCGCAUUUUCAGACAAUGCCAUAUUCACAAGCCAAUAGUUACGGCAGUAUAGGAAACUACGGUAGCUAUAAUGAUGGCACUAGACUUGGAGGUAGUUACGGGAGCUAUGGAGAGAGUAGCAACAUGUUUGCAUAUUAUUCUCCUGUUAGUCAUUCGGGCAUGAACAUUCAUAACAGAGGUGGCAUCUCAAUGAUUGGAAGUAGUCCUGAUGCUCGGCGUAGGAUUAUGCAGUACCCGCAUGGAACCGGCCUUGGGGUAAGUCCGUCUGCUGGAAAUUUUGCACCACUUCCCCUUGGUACUAGUCCCUCGCAGUUCACUCCACCGAGUUCAACCAAUCAGUUCUUAGCUGGUUCUCCUGGACAUUAUGGCCCAACAUCCCCAGUAAGAGGCAGUUGCCAUGGAUCUCCUUUAGGGAAGAUGCCUGCGUUUAGCCAAUUUAACAGGAGAAAAAGUUUAGGACAUUGUGGAAGUUCACAGUCACAGGAUUCCUCAUUAUCACAACCACAUGUACAAGGGAUGAAUAAUUCUUUUCAGAUUGAAGGAAAUACUGUGACAGUCGGUUCACCUUCUCAUCUACAAUUGAAUUCUGGUGCUAAAGACCGAACACAUACACGAGGAUGCGCUACAUUAAGUGAUGGAUACUCCACUCAGAACACAGCCGGCUCUACACUUGGGGCCAAUGUAUAUGUUUCGUCCAGCAUUGGACCCUCUCAUGAGAAUCCAGAUGGUGACCUGUCAGUACCUGAUCCCAGAGAUUGGGACCCUAAUUACAGUGAUGAAUUGCUACUCCAGGAGGAUAGUAUAGACGAUAGUUCUAUUGUUCAAGCUUUUGGCAGAGGUCUGCAUAUUGGUUCCUCUGGUGCCUCCACUUCUUCGGGAAGGUUCAACAAUAAUGCCUCUACCUCGUCCUCAAAUUUGGCUACCCAGAGGAGAUAUGCUCCCAAUCAAGCGUUUUCACAAGCAGAGAUUGGCAGCAACCCAACACAUGAUCCCCGUGCCAGGCUUGCCCCGUUUAUACCGAUGUCACAUUAUGGGUCUCAUGUCCCCCAGAACUCUCCUAGCCGUUUAGGACAGCAAACUGCUCCACGGUUCAAUCACGGGAGGCCAAAUGGUGUAAGGGGCUCAGAUUGGAAUCACAUGAAGGCACAGCUUCCUCCUUCCAGCUCUAGUUCUGGGGGUCCACGCUCUCCCAGAAGUAGCUCAUUCACCAAUGGCAUCCCUUGGGGGCGUAGGGCAAACCACCAUGUCACGAAUGUUCCUUCGACGUCCCAUGGGAAAAUGGACUAUGGAAGUAUUGCCUAACUCUGCAACCAACUUCAUUUAUUUUGUUCUUUCCUUAUAGCAUGCAACAUGUGUGGUGGAAAUGGAAACAGAGUUGUACUUGAGACAAAAAAAACUGUUUCACAUGGCCUGUGGGCUCAUGAUUUUUUUUUAAAAAAGUGCUGAUUCAUUGUGCUUUGGCACCAAAAAAGGGAAAAAAAAAUUGUCAGUGAUAGUAUUGUUUGUGUCUCUGAUUAAUGGUUUGCCUAACAUUGCU